CUUGGGUUACUUGUUUCCCCUUGCGUUAUCUGGCAACCCGGACCAAACUGCGACAGCGCCAAUGGCAGCGAAACAUAACAGAUCCAGGCGAGCGAGAGGAGGAUGACAGCGAGAAGGUGAGCUGAGAGCACCGCUACAAGUCAGACCCGGUGGUAGCGGUGCAGAUUUUAAUGUAGAAAAACGCCUUGUGUGUGAGUGUGUGUGAGUGUGUGUCUUCCUCUGCUUUCGCUCUCUUGUCUGAAAUUCAACUUUUAUCUGAAUAAGUUGCUGUAGUGUUCCGACAUUUACAAGAAAAAGAAAGAAGAAGAACCGUUAGCUCAGCUCGGCUACCGUUAGCAGCCGUUAAGUUAGCCUAGUGGAGUUUUAUUACUGUGCCGUUAACUAAAGAGAAAUACAUGACAAGCUCGGCUAUGUGCAGUUAUGUCUUGUGUUUUAACCAACAGGAUAACCCGAAGUAAAGCCGGUUAGUUUUGUUUUUUAUUAAUGUGUGUGUGUGUGUGUGUGUGUGUGUGUCGCUGAAAUGUUCAGUAACGUUAAGACUUAGCCUGCUAGCGUAUGCUAACUGUAACUCGGGGCCUAAGGGUGUCAAAGCAGUUAUCCCGGACCAAAUUCAGCCGUAAAGGUGACGUCGUGUGCUACAUAUCACUGGAAAAGAGUGUACUGGUUUAAUAGUCUGAUUUUGCCUGCCCACAUAGGGGAGACCGUGUUACUUUGGCUCUACACAGAGAGCCUGUAGCGCUAUAAUCCAGCACUGAGUAUGAUGAUUCCCUGGUUGCGGUGGAGGUGAGGAAGCAUGGGGUGGAAAUCUGAGGUGUCAAGACGAACGUGAUGACAGUAUGGUCAAUGGUGGAGAAGCUCAAAAUGGAAAAACGCCCAUGGAGGGAGGAGAACAUUGACUCAAGCGAGGCCCAGCAUGCCACUGACGAUUCAGAGGAUGGAAGCAGCUCUGAGAGCGAAUCGGAAGAGCAGCAGUGCCAGAGGGUUCAGGUGAACAACAGCAGGUGUAAGAAGAGGGAGCCCUUGGCUGUCACGAAACCCCACCGACAGCUCUGUCGCUCUCCAUGCCUUGACCGCCCCAGUUUUUCACAGAGUAGCACUGUGCAAGAUUUUCGUGAGGAUGAGAGCAGCGCGGGACCAGGGAUCAAGACUGCCAGUGACAGGGAUUAUCAGACGAAGAUGGAUUUUGCUUUGAAGUUGGGCUACUCUGGAGAGCAGGUGGAGACGGUGCUCAACAAGUUGGGGGCAGCAGCACUUAUUAACGACAUUCUCGCCGAGUUGGUAAGGCUCGGAAACAAAGUUGAGCCUGAGAUUCAACCUUGCAGCAGUACGACCAUCACAUCGAUAUCACGCUCCUCCUGUGUUAAAGAGACUGUUAGCCCAGAGGUGUCAUUGGAGGACGACUCUGUGGAUACCUUUGAUAACCUCAGGCCCAUCGUCAUUGAUGGCUCAAAUGUGGCAAUGAGCCAUGGAAACAAGGAGGUGUUCUCGUGCCGCGGCAUCCAACUUGCUGUUGAGUGGUUCUUGGAGAAAGGACACAAAGACAUCACUGUGUUUGUCCCAGCCUGGAGAAAGGAACAGUCGAGGCCUGAUGCCCUCAUCACAGAUCAAGAAAUCUUACGCAAGCUGGAAAAAGAAAAGGUCCUGGUUUUCACCCCAUCUCGGAGAGUCCAAGGCAGGAGAGUGGUGUGCUAUGAUGAUCGCUUCAUAGUGAAGCUGGCUUAUGAUUCUGAUGGAAUUAUUGUGUCAAAUGACAACUACAGAGACUUGCAAAACGAGAAGCCAGAGUGGAAGAAGUUCAUAGAAGAGCGUCUCCUAAUGUAUUCAUUUGUCAAUGACAAGUUUAUGCCGCCUGAUGAUCCACUGGGAAGACAUGGUCCAAGCUUAGAAAAUUUCCUCCGCAAGCGUCCUGUUGUUCCAGAGCACAAAAAACAACCCUGCCCUUAUGGAAAAAAGUGCACAUAUGGACAUAAGUGCAAAUACUAUCACCCGGAGCGCGUCAACCAGCCACAGCGAUCGGUGGCUGAUGAACUGCGGGCCUUCGCCAAACUGUCUGCGGUAAAGACGAUGAGUGAGGGGGCUUUGGCUAAAUGUGGUACAGGUCCAGUAACCAUAAAGGGGGACAGCAACUCUGAGGCCAAACGAGUGGCGCCCAAACGUCAGUCUGACCCCAGUAUUCGUUCAGUGGCCUGUGAACCUCCAGAGGCACUGUCCGUCGUGAGGAAGUCUGAGACAAAUUCAGUGCCUUCCCUUGUGUCUGCUCUCAGUGUGCCCACCAUGCAGCCUGCCAAGAGCCACGCAGCUGGGGCCUUGAACACACGAUCAGCCAGCAGCCCAGUGCCAGGAUCUUUGCAGUUCGCGCACAGUUCCCUGGAGCACAUGUCCAGUGUACAGUACCCUCCUAUUUUAGUUACUAAUAGUCAUGGCGCCUCUGUUACAUACAGUGAACAGUUCCCGAAGUAUGACUCAGUUAGCGACCAUGGAUAUUAUUCACUGCACAGUGAUUUUUCAAAUAUGAGCAUGAGCAGCAUGCAUAAUGUCGACAGUUUCUGUAGCAUGGAGCACGAGCAUGGUGUGUAUCAGAGAAAUCCCAGCCACUGCCCUGAAUCCUGCCUCAGCCAUUCAAACAGUGACUCGUUCUCCUCCUAUGGGGAUCUGUACCCAAGCUCUGUGGACAGUAGCUUAGAGGAGAGCAUGAAGGGGCAGCAGCAGUCUCCUGCACAAGGUAGGCUGCAAACUUUCUCCCAUGGGUUUCGUCAUGAAGCACUGACUAGGGUGCAGAGUUACGGACCGGAAGAACCCAAGCAGGGCCCCCGUAAGCAGUCUGGAUCUCAUCUAGCACCACACAUCCAGCACGUUGCAGUGGGAGCCAGAUCCAGCUGCCCUGGAGACUAUCCCCUAACUCAGAAUGUCCUCCCACCUUUGUCCUCACAGCCCACACGGUCACUAGGUAUGACUCGUAUGGACAGCAUAUCAGAUUCAAGGCUAUAUGAUAGCAACCCGAUGAGACAGAGGCGACCUCCACUGUGCCGUGAGCAGCAUGCAAGCUGGGACCCUCUUCCCUGUGGUAAUGAGUCCUAUGGGUAUCAUUCGUAUCCACUGAGCAACAGCCUGAUGCCAUGUUGCGAGAGGGUGAUGGUCCGCAGCAUGCCAGACAAAAUGGAACAAAUCUGGAACUCACCGUGGGAGAUGCCAGGAUCUGCAGCUGAACACCAAGAGCGGUACGUCAUCCCAGACCACCAGUAUCAAACAUAUCGGAACCUUUGUAACAUCUUUCCUGCUUACGUAGUCCACUCAGUGAUGGAGAAGAACCCACAUCUGACAGAUCCACAACAACUCGCCGCUGUCAUUGUUACAAAACUGAGGUCAUGCCAUUGAGCAGUUAAUCUUAUUAAACAUUCAGAAGUUACAUGAGGAGGGAAACGCGGAUUUUAAUGAUAGGCACUUGUUAAAUGUUGCUGUAUGCGCAACAUCUGCCCUCAGGAGUUUUUUUUUUUAAUGUCACUGGUGUAAAACAUCUGGUGAUCAGAUUUUCCGUCACUAAGAUGACAUGGAAGUAAUCAGCCUAAAGGAAGUUUGUCUAAUAAGUUAUCUCAAAUUGUAAGAUGUUUCACAUAUGAAAGCUACCUUUUUUUUAUAUGAAGUGUGGUGCAGUUGAGAUGAGGUAACACCUUAUUAGAAAAUCAUAACACAUUCAUAGUACCUGAGCAGGAGCCGCAUAGCAGCACGAUUAAUCAUUAAUUCUUGAAAAUAACGUCUGAUAACAUUUGGCUGAACUGCUGCAUGUCCCUUUGAUCAAUUCUUAAUGUGUUCCUGUUUAUUUAAUUGAUUAAAUGUUCUAUAAAAAUGAUGUAUGUAGUCCCAAAUUGUUCCAUACUUAAUCAAUCAGAAUUUUUUGAAUAAAUAAUCACAGGAAUAAACUGUGUCAAAUAUAAAUUAUAUGACUCACUUAUGAAGUCUUAUUUUGUCAUUCAGAUUUUUAUUUCAUAACUGACUUAAAAUGUGGCUUUUUUCCCCCAGUUACACUUAAUCCACAGCCAAUCAGAUGCCCUCCUUGGCUCUCUUAAGCAAGCAAGCAAGCUUAAUAACUUCUACUAGAUUUAACCAAUUAGCCUCUGUUAACUAGAGCAACAACAAUGUCCACACAUGCUACCUAAGUAGCUGGCUAACUAGCAAGAUGUGGUUAUGAGUUUGUUUGUUUUUUUUGCUCGGCUCAAGUGAAGAGACAGAGUUAAUGGCAGCAGCUAACAUUAGCUAGUUAAUUCAAGACCCCUAAAGGUCAGACAGACGGAUUGCAUUUCUCUGUGGUUGCUCAAGCCAACAUGAGCUAGUUAGCUGUUAACACUGGCUGUUCACUGUUGUUGGGUUAUAUUCUCAGGCCACAAGCCAACCUAGCUAAGCUUUAAAAGUUUACUUACUUAGGGAUUGUUGUUGCUCUAGGUCACUGGUUUCCAACCUGGGGUCUCAACCCCCAGAAGGGGUCGCCAAAGCUCACUGCCUUCUUUAAGAGUUAAGUAAACUAAACAGUUAUUUUAAAGUUGAGAUGAUUAUUUGAGCUAUAAAGUAAAUACAUGUGACAGGAUAAAGGCAGGGUGAAGCUAUUGUGUAUUCACAGAGGCUUCACUUUUCUGAACAGCCUCAUUCUGUACAACCCUAAAACAACCAAAGCACUCAAAGAACAAUGAGAAUAAAACAUUGAGGAAGCCUAUUAAGUAGAUAUGAUUGUUAAACAGUAAAAAAAAAUCUGCAAUAAUAAAAUACAGACAAAGAAUUGUAUAAAAAAGAUCCUAAAAUAUGUCUCUUAGUUAGGGGUCAUCAGUGGGGCCCCUGAAGGAUAAAGGUUGGUAACCAUGGCUCUAGGUAAUGGAGGCUAAAUGUGGUAGUGGAUGAAGAAGUAUUGAAAUAAACUGUUUUGCACAGACAACAUCAUAAUUUGAACCUUAUUUAAACCGUAAUCUAAUCAUAACUAAUGUAGCUAGCUAGCAUAAUAUUAAACCUCGUCCUUGUGUUAAUCAGUGUGAAGUGCAUCAAUAAACAGGUUAGUUACAUGGCAACACAGUCAAAUUAGGAAGUAAUAACUCUGCAACAUCUCCCACAUUUGCCUUAUUAAACCAGACACAAGAGUACGCCAACAUUGGACACCGUGUAGCUUUUAUGAAGAUCUUGUUCAGGCCCUGUGAAUGUGUUAUGAAAGGCAUCUAAAGUGUUUCUGGUGCAGUGGAACUAUAAAUAACCUUGCUUAGGUCUGCCUCUGCUGUAAAUAAUUCUUGUGACUUUUUUGUGCGUUUAUUUUGAUGAUAAGUAAGGGAGGUAGACACAUACCUCACAGCAUGAACUAUGACAUUUAAUGGCCUUAUAUCUGAAUGACCUCACGCUUUAGUCCUUGUCUGACCGGUUUCAAUGAAAGUCUUUGUCAUUGAAGCCUCCUAUUUUCAAAUGUAAAGCACUAGCUCAGUAUCUAAAGAGAUAUAUUUUCUCAGCCUCACUUAACAAAGCUACUAUUUUGGUAGAAUUUGAUAGUGCACAAAGCAAGCCAAAAAAGAGAUUUGACUUGUAUACACGUGCACAUACCUAUGUAAAUAUAAUCACACAAAAGCCAUUAUUUCAAAGUCAUUUAUAAGCUGCUAAAUAAUGCCAAAAAAAGAUAGAAUUUAUAUAGUGUCAGUAUUCUACAUAACUUUACAUUUUGGUUCACAGAAUUCGAGAUUAUAGGAUAAACUAACAUCUGUGUUUGGAUAAUUUCCUAUGGUGUACUGUAUAUUUACCUUUCUGAUUUUAUUGGAUUCUAUGUCCAGGAUUUUCCUAUUUAUAUAUUUGUCAGAUUUGUUGUGCUGAUCCUUUGAUUCAAUGUGAAAAUAUUCAAAGUAUCUUUGUUUCAAACAGUAGCUCUAAUGGACUCCUUCAAGUUGUCAGCGGAGCAGUUUGUUUUCAGGAGCAGGUUCAUUUCGUUUCAGAGACUACUUUUACAUGCACUUAAGUGGUCUGAUGACCUGAUUUCUGAUGCAGAAAUGAGAAACCUAGUUUCCUUCAUCAGUUUAGGAGAAACUUGAUUUGCCCAGCGAGAUCCCUGAUUGAAUUAGGACCCAGGACAAGGACGGUAUCAUCACUGUGUGCAGUAAUCUAGCAGGAUUAAAGGCAGUACUGCUAUUUACGCUGAUGCAUCAUUGCCCCUUAUUACAUCCAAAGUCCAGCCUGUGCUGAAGAAAUCUAUUGAUUUUUCUAUCAUGAAUGUAAAUUAGUCUGUUCUAGUCCACAGAUGAACAAAGCUAAACACGUGCACACAGUAAAACAAGCUAUCCUGUCACUUUACUGUCAGCACAAAGCUUCUUGGAUAACACACUUAAAAUCUGGCAAACCUCAAAUUGUUGAGUGUUGAGAGGAGAAAUCUGCUUUCUGAGAAACCGCCUGUAAACUGUGUUGUUAAAGAAACCGGACUAUUACAGUGCAUCUCAACAAGUUUUAUGCCUUAAUCUUGUUUCUGACAUUACCCAGCUUCUUAUGUGCAUGUAAAGGUAGUGAAACGUUGAGAGUUGACUUCACCGGGCUGUGAAGUGACUUGGGUAGGGACAAGUUGUAGAAACAUACUAUUAGAGAUGGAAACUUUUUGAAUCAGGCUGUGACAGUUUAGCCUGGGAGUGAGUUAAAUAUCGAACUAAUUUUGUGAUAUGUUGUCGAGUAUGAGGUCUCAAUAAUUGUAUAAAAAAAAAAAAUGAAGUGAAUGCUAGAAAGCAUGUUGAAGAUUGAUGAAUUUACUGUAUGGCUUUUUAUGAGAGGCUGAAUUGCUCCAAUACAGAUGUACAGUACACAUACAUGCAGCCAGUCUCCAAGGAUCGCGGAAGGGUUCGGCUGUGCCUUUGCAGCACAUUGCUCUCAGGAUGCUUUCAAUUUUCUAACUUUCAGUCUUGCCCUGCCAAAAACCAGUGGUUACUGGCAAGAGUCUACUCUGAUCUAGUAGUGAUAUAUUUUGUGAAAAUCCUACAUGUAACAUGUAGUUUACCUUAAAGUUAGUUAUGUACAGUUGAAACGUGGAGACGGCAUUGCAGAACUUUGUACUUUUUAUGUAUAUCCUUGUUAUGCACCUUGAGAUCUGGAGAGUUAGGCUAACGUGGUGGCUUUACGUGAUGCAGCUUUAGUUGGAGGAUGGUGGUGUCCAUAAGGGUGCCAAAAAAACAGGGGUGUUAAACUGCUUAAAGACCAUUUCAUUUGCCCAAAUUUUAAGAAUGUCUGACAGAGAUCUCGAUUGGACCUUUUUAAAAUAUAAACUGCUAAUGUUGGUUGCUUAUCAUGACAUGUAUAAACACAAGAAGUAUUAACUAAUGUGAUGCAUUACAAUCACAUUCAUGCUCAAAACUCCCUAUUGAUUUUUUUUAAAUAAUCCAUUGCCUUUUCUCUACCCCCACCCUCAGGACAAAGCACUCCAUGAAACAUUCAGCCUAUAGCUGCAGGGAGGCUGUAACACGUAAAGCCAACUCCAAUAGCAAGAUCAUGCUUUGAGUGCAUUUUAAAGGGAAAUGCCACUUAUUUUCAGGAUUCAGGUACUGGGUUGCAUGACAGAUUGUUACAGAUUUAGUUUAGUAUCACAUGCACGUGAAGAAGAGGAGAAAUCCUCUAAUGUUUAAUGUCAGAUUGACUUCUUGUGAGUCAAAUAGCUGGAUUUUAUUAUCUUCAUAGAUAAUUUAAAAACAAAAGAAAGAAAGAGAACUUGUAUUUUUAAACUGAGUGGUAUUGCUCUUUAACAGGGCCAAUUAUGUGAGCCGGACUUUGUCUCAUUGGUGGUGCUUCAAAAAUACACAUAUAUAUAAAUAUAUAUAUUUCUCUAUAAUGUUUAGGUACAACCGUGGUAUAUGAAUAGACAUAAAUGAAAAAAAAAAUUUUUUUUGAAUGUGUUUUGCCCAAAUGAAUUUUGGGCUUUGCUGACUCUUUUUUUUCAUGAAAAAAGACGAGGCCACUUGAGGCCGGCUGUCUGUUCAUGAGAAGGUGAAACAAAAAACUGCCUAAAUGUUUCUUCAUGUGAAACAAUCAGAUUGCAAGGCUGCUGUCAAGGUUGUUUCUGGCAUUUGGCUAAAAGUUUGCGCGCCAUCCUUUUCCCCUUCGAGAUGAGUUGAGUCUAAUCCUACAAACAUCCAACACGCUUGCUUGAUUGAAAGACCAAAUAAGAUCUCGAGUGUUUUGACUUUAAUAUAUAGUGAUAGUGAGAUCCUGCUUUAACCUGAACACUGGAAUAGUCCAUUGCCCGGAUGAACACAAAUCUACCAAAGUGAUUUACAACAAACUAAACCUAGACGACAUUGGGCUGCGAUGAAAUUAAUGUCAAAUCACCUUAAACUUGAACUCAUUAUAUUGUCCCCCAAAAACCAAUUAGUUUAUGCCUCCACGAAGACCUGCACGCAUGAUUUCAUUUAAACCGCUGAUUGUGCUCACAUGCCUCUUUUCUGUGUUACUAUUCCUGGCACAGUGCCACGUUUCGACCACUUCUGUGUAAUGAGAUAAAACGUAGAGAGAUUAAUAAGUAUGAAUGCAAAUUCACAUCUGUCAGAUAUGUCCAUAAUGCUGAAAUAGUAACGACGGUAGCCGCCCUAAUCCUAAAGGUUGGACUCGCACAUAAACAUAAGCUCUCCUGCGAGUGAUUGACUCUGUGAUCGCUGGGCAAUAGACUAUUUCCAGGCCAAAAAAUGAAACCCUAAACUGUUUCAAUGUACCAAUCAAGAAUUUUCUUGUUUAGCCAGGAAUGGCCAGAAUGGUGGUUGAUAGUCCCCACCCUUCCUUUUGUACGUGCCGCAAACAACUAAGCCACAAAUGUCUAGAAUUGACUUUUGCUUGUUGAUACAAAUUGUAUCUAUACCUUGAAUGUAACAAAAUAUGAAAUGUAUAAUAUGAAAAUAGUUUUAUUUAAAUAAAGGGGAGGGGGGUAAAAAAAAAAAUCAAUGCCAUAAUGUUUGUGACACUGUGUGUCACUGGGAGUAGCCCAUUGGUAUGUACUAAUUCUUACUGGGUACAGUAGUUAACUUACAGGGACGUUUACGUGCUACGUAAAAGUGCACAGAUACCCUGUGUACAGCAGUAAGCAUCAUGUCCUCUCUGUAAAUAGUCACACCUGUGUGUGUGUAUAUUAAUAUAUAAAUAUGUAUAGAGGGAGAGAGAAAGUGAUCUGUAAAUGUAACUUCAGUUGUUCAAAUACUUAGAUAAUUUCUGUGUUGUAACCUGUGCACCUUGGUUAAGUGCAUCUAUUUCCUCUGAAUUGACAUGUCUGCUUUAUGCUAUUUUAAUGGGAGUUUCAAUAUUAUUAUUUUUUAAUAUAUUUUGCCUAAUAAAACAUGCCAAAGUUAUUCUUGGGUGGCUCCUUAUGAUUCAACACACGGGUUGUCAUGCAAUGAAUUCUGUAUUUCGGGGGACAAAUGUAUAAAUCAAGAGUAACUUGACACCAAACGCAAAUCUGUGUCUACCCUGACGGUUAAAGGUAUUUUACAGAAAUUGCAGUAAAUCCAGAUUUGUGUUUGGUGUUUAAUCCUCUCUUAAAGAUACAGAUCCUUUUUAAAACAGUAAUUUAUUGGAGUGUUUGGCAGUUGAUUUAAUGACUAACCCUGUUUGUCGACAAAGCAGAGGUGUGUUGAAUCAUGAAUUAAAUUAUUCACCAAUUGUAUUUUCAUACAUUUCCGGGCCAGUUUGCACACUGUUGUCUUGAAAUGGGCAGUCUGUUUGGUUUUAGCUGGCCUUACUUUCAAGAUGUUAAGACUGAUAUUGUCAAUAUAUAAUAUUAACUUAAGUUCAGUAUCAGUUGUUAAUAGUUAAGAUCAAAACCAAAGUGAUUUAUGAUGUGCACACAUUACGUACCUGUUAUGAUAAUUGGUUCAAACACACAUAAACACACAAACAGUUAUGGUCAAACAAGUGUGAACCUCUUGAUGUUUUGUCAAAUAAUUCAAAAAUUGAAUUAUUCAUUUGAAAUUCAACAACAAGAGGUGAACACAUUUGAACAUGACUGCACAUAUAUAGUGUAAUACUCAGGUUAAGUCACACACACACACAUUUUAAAUCACAUACUUGGUCGUUUUCUAAUAUUGAGAAAUGCAGUGGUCACAUUUCUGAAGUAGUCUUAAGUCUCUUGUUUGAGUAGACCGUCGGGUCUGCGAUGUAAACUAAUUUAAAAAAAAAGAAGAAAAAAAAGGGAAAUAUACAGCACGUUUUCUUUUGUGUGUGUUGUGAUGAUCUGCAGUAUUGUAAUCCACACUGACUGGAAAGCAUUGCUUUUGUAGACCAAAAUAUACAAAAAUAGACUAUUUGGGUCUGUGGGCUCAAACAAAAUGUAAGUCUUAAUGACAAAAUGUGUUUAUCUUCAUGAAUAAAGAAAAAUUCUGUUCAAA